AAACAAACAGACAGACAAAUUGCAAAGAAGAAGAAACUUCAACCGAAGAGUAGCAGAUUAGAGUAACUGUAGCGACGUUUUCACUCAAGGGAUCUCUGAUGCGAGUUUUUUUUAUUAUUUUUCUUCCGUUGAGGCAUAAAGCUCAAACAAAACGAAACCUUUGUUGAGAUUUUCUUGUUCCUCUGGUUCAUAAAGUUCGUCUCUUUUCUCUCAAGCGGAUCUGGAUUCUGAUAUAUAAGCAAAAAAUGGACCCGGAAAGUUGUUUGAGAUCGAUCAGUGUUUGUAAAAGUUCGAGUGGAUCUGUGCUUGUCAAGGGUGAAACCAGUGACUCUGUCUCAAAACAUGUGUUGGGGGAAGAGCAAAACGAGACUAAACUGCAACAAGGGAAAGAAAAUGAUUCAAUAAUAGGCCAAGAUGGUGUUGGAUGCUGUAACGUUUCAGCUCAUGCUGUUCAUGAGGCAGAAAAGGAUACUUCAUCACAUGAUUCAGCAUCUGUUCUUGGAGAGAGUGAUGCUUCAACAAAGGAAAAGGCGGAGGAGUUCCACGUGGUUGAUUUGAGUAGUUGUGGAGGAGAAAGUGAUAACGGGCAAAGUAUAUGCAGAAUAUGUCAUGUUGGGUCUGAUCAAACACCUGAUAGAGUUUCUGGUAAGACAGUAGUAACCCUGGAGUUGAUUCAGAUUGGUUGCAAAUGCAAAAACGAGCUUGGCCUUGCCCAUUUUCACUGCGCAGAAGCUUGGUUCAAGCUAAGAGGAAACAGUGUGUGUGAGAUCUGCGGUUGCACAGCAAAGAAUGUUGCAGUUAGCUUCACAGAGGAGGAGUGGAGCGAAGUAAUAGUAGACACAAGAGUGGAUGAGAGAAGAAGACAUAGUAGACAAUCUUGCUGCGUCCUUAUUUUUAUUAUUCUCACUCUCAUUCUGAUUCAUUGGGUUUUCAAUAAGCUUAGUACAAAACCAAAUUAAUGAACGACAUGAAUUUAGUUUGUAAGUAUAUGUUGGUAAUAUUAUCAUAUGUU